AUGUCUGAACGUUCGCAGAAUCAAGGCUCUCAGCUCAGUGGCCUUUCUCGGUCAUCGAUGAGAAGCUCUAUUUGGGCUGCUGAACUUGCUGCAAACGGUCAGGUCUCAGCUUCAAAUUUUAAAUUUUAUGAUAACUUUUUAUAUCCAUACAUUGCCGAAACAAACAGAACUUACCUCGACAGUCUCUUCGUCAACUUUUUAGUAUCAGGACUUGUCAUCUUCCAAAUGUUUUUCGGCUGUUUCUUCGAUUUUCUUCAUGCAGGAGGUCUUAGAGGCAUCGAAAUUUGCAACAAAAUUGCAUUCUGCGGCAUUUCAGGCGACCCUGAUACCUACGUUAUUCCAUACGUAGUUAUUGGUAUUCUCGAUAUAGUUUUAGGAUUAAUCUUUUUAGGUAUUUAUGGCAUUUACAGAGUUUCAUUUGAAUUCAACAAGGCAAGUAUGAUACUCUUGAAAUACGUUUACGGUGAAUUUAUCCUUUAUUUCACUGCUAUUCAUCCAUGUUAUUUGCUUGCAACAUUAUCAGACUUAGCUUAUGAAACAACUUCAAUGCAUAUCUUCUACUUUGCCCUUGCUCUCGUUUCAAACAUCAUUUACUUCACGAUGGUAGAAUUCCUUACAAUUCCAAUCAUGAUGUCUCCAUUCAUCUCUCAGAGUAACAUAUUCCUUUGGAACCCCAGGCGUAUGAUGCGCGUUCUCUAUGUCUACGGCCUUGGCUUAGGAACAGGUCAGUAUCUCAAGAGAUUCAAGCAAUGGCAUAGAAUUCUCCCACACGUUCUUCUUCUUGGUGGCUGCUUCCUUACAUUUACAUGUGGCUGGUCUUUACAACUUAAAGAUUUAUUAUUCACAGCAAUGUUCAUGGCAUUCGGCGUAGCAACUGCUGCUGGUAGCAUAAUCUCAACAUUCCGUAUCUGGUUUAACCUUUCAAACUGGGUAAUUUACGGAGUUCCCGCAGCGAUAUACUUCUGCUUAAUUUGCGUGUUCCUUCCUCUCAAUAUUUGGAGAAAGAAAAGAAUCGUUAAGAAUCUUUCAUACCAGAACUUCGAAAAUCCAGAAAAAAUUACGGAACAAGAAAAAUUCGAAUAUUUCGAAACUCUCAAAAUCAGGACAUUCAACAAAGCUUUUUCAUAUCUUAUCAUUGGCCUUGAAGAAGGCUCCCCUCUCUUCCUUGAUUUCUCAUUAAUUAAAUGGCUUCUUGAGAAAUUCCCCGAAGACAACGAGCUUCUUAUAGUAAUGACCUGGUUUGCAUCAUUCUUCCCCAAUGAGCAACUCGUUAUGCACAAUCUCAUUACUCGCAUUAAUAAGAUGGUCAAUCCAACACAUCUCCAGCGCAUAAUGAGGUUCCAGUUGCACAGAGUUCACGUAUUCCGUCAGUCCUCCGCUUCCCGUGAAGCCAACGCCGACCUUGCCCGUGUCAGAACCAUAACAGAUGCUUUGAUUACAGAAAACACACGUUUCUGGAUCAACGCGGCCCGACCACAUAACGAAAUCAAGCAUGACUUCUACAAGAGGGCCAUGCAGAUUCGUCAGAAGGCCGAUGCAUCGUGGUCCGAAGUUAUUGACAAAUAUCCAAACAACGCGAGAUUUGCAACAGAGUAUUCUCGCUUCCUUAUUGAAGGUGUCUGCCAAUUCAAAGAAGGAUUGCAUUGGUACCAUAAAGCAUUGAUGAUAGAAAGUGGCAAAAUGCGCGAAAGUGACCAACUUUUCAAGACAUUUGUCAGAUGCUAUCAAUUCUAUCUUAAGAAAGGUCUUGUUGGUAUCCACGGCGACAUCAAGAUGGAUAGAGUCAUUUCUAGAUUCGUCAAAGAACAGAAUGGCGAAGAAUCAACAGCUUCUGCUUCUGUUACUUCGACAUCUAAAUCAAAUGCUUCUACACAGAAUUCUUCAAAUGACGACAGUGACUCAACUGUUAUCGAUUUGCAGGAAGGUGAGAAAGCAUUGCCAAGAGUUCAGUUGAGAUUGGCUUUCGAACAGGCUGUCAGAUCUAUCAAAUCUUCAGCUGUGACAAAAACAAUGGUCACAUCAGGUUUAAGGUUAAUAUUUUCAAUAGUUUACAUCAUCAUUUUCCUUGUAUAUGUUUUACCAUUAUUUGAUGAAGACAUUGCACUUACAAAGCACUUGAAGAACUUGAACAAUUUCGAGAGUGUUUCAUCAAUGAUUGGCGAACAAAUAUAUUGGUAUUUGGCAAGUUCAUAUAAAGACUUGAACAAAACAAGAAUUGAAGAAUUUCUUGGUUCAAACAUGUCUAAAUUGAAUUAUUACACAAAACCAAGUCUUGACAACUUCAAUUAUACAAUAUCUAAUUUAACAUAUGUUGCAAACAAUUAUUUAGAUGAAUUCUCCAAAGGAUUAUAUCUCUCAGAUAUUCCAACACAAAAAGAACAAGAAAUUGCUGAAUUAUUGACAGUGGAUACAUUUUAUGAAGCAACAUGUACAUGGACAAAAUUCACUCCUACAUUAGAAGGAUGGCUUGCUAGCUAUACAACCAAUACUAGUUAUACAAUGGAUUCUGUCAUGAGAAUUUUCAUGAUUAGAUCUGGUUCAAUUUCUGCUUUGACACAAGGAUUAAGUGCUCCAGAUGCAGCAAAGGCUAUUUUGGAUUCAAGAGAAUUCUGUGAAAUGUUUAACUAUUAUGUUUUCGUUCAAGAUGGUUUUGACACUUUGGCGAAGAAUAUAUCAAGUCGUUAUAAUACUAUUUCUAAGUAUAUUGCCAAUUCAACAGCAAAUCCUUAUUUGUAUACUUAUUACAAUAAUUUCAAGGUUGAAUACUUGAAUGAAGAUCCAUUACCAAAUGCAACAGAUGAUGAAAACUAUGAUGAUUAUAACGAAGAAGCUGAAGCAGGUGAAGAGGAAGAAGAAGAGUCAGAUUCUGUAUCAACAACAACUAAUUUCUUUAUUGCUUUUACUCCUUUCAUUGUAUUACUUUUCACUAUGCCAACAAUUGUUUAUUUGUCAGCAGCUUUAAGUUCAGAACUCAAAGCAAUGACAAACAUGAUGUUGACAAUGCCAACGGAAGCAUGCGAAGAAGCAUCUCAAAGAAUACAAAGAAGUGUCGUAGGAAAUCAAUCAUCAAAGAAGAAAGGUGUAAACGCUGCUGUUACUUCUUCAUCUACAUUAUCUGUUCCUCCUUAUGUUAUUAACAUUUGCAAUGCAAUUAUUUUCAUUGCUUUGGUCAUUUUCGUGUCAAUAGAAGCCCAAGUAUUGAACAGCAAAGCAAAGAACUACAUCAACCAAAUCAAUCUCUACAUGGUGAUGAGAAACUCAGUGGUUUCUUUAGCUUGUUCACAAGAAUUUUAUUCAUUGUCAUUGAUGAAACAAAAGGGUAAAUUGGCUCCAGGAUUAGGAGCUUAUGCUCCAUUUACACAAGGAUUCUUUGAUUCAACGAAUGCAACUGCUACACAGAAAGGAGUUUUAACGAGGGUACAUAACAGAAUUACUCUUAUCAGAGAACUUUUGGAUUUAGGAUCUAAAGAUUAUGUUUCUGCCCUUGAUUUCUCGAGUACAAUUGAUUCAGCGAGAUUCGAUCCACAGUGCACAUUUGAGCCAGGAUCACAGUAUGUUCUCAACUACUACAAGUGCUUGAGCUUUGAUAGAUUGCUCAACUACUAUUUCGCAAUUCAUGAUGAGAUUUAUUACUCUAACCAGGAAAAGGCUUCAGAUGCUCCUUAUCAAUUUGAUACAGAAGCAAUGUAUACAUUUGGUAAUAUAUUAAAUGGAAGAUUAUUACCUGAAUUCGACAAGUUUAUCAAUACAUACUUUGAUACAUUUGAUAGCUUGAUCAGUCAAUAUAAGACUAUUGUUUAUAUUGUAUUUGUUGUUUGUUUGUUGUUCUCUAUCAUUGCUUUCUUUGUUGAAGUUGCAACUGUUUCUCAUAUCAGAGAAAUUUACAACGCAUACAAUUCAAUCAUUCUUAGAUUGAAUCCAAUCCAUUUCGUUCAGAACCAGAAUGCAACAGCUUUCUUGAUCAACAAGGACCAGAGCCAGAACCAGAUCUCUUCAGCUGCUCACGCUGUAUUCCAUACAUCUCCUGAUGCAAUGCUUUUAAUCAACACAGAUUGCAUCAUAGAAAAACUCAACCCAGCAGCAACAACAAUCUUCCACUUCACUCCUGAACAGUUGUUAGGUCAGAACUGUCAAAUGGUUUUACCACAAUCACCAAAGAACCAACAGUUCUACUACACACUUCAGUUGAUGCAGAGUGGUCAGUGCGGUUUAGUUUUCGAGUCACAAUUGGAAGGCGUAAGAGAUGAUGGCGUCAAAGUUCCUCUCAAAGCAACAUUGCUUGGCUUCUCAAGUAACCACAGAAACGCUGAUUUCUUCGCUGUCAUGUGCAAGGAUCAGACAGAAGAAAUGAGACAAAAGGAAGCUGUAGAAGUUGCUAAGAAGAAAUCUGAUGAUUUGCUUCUUAAGAUUCUUCCUCCUGAUAUCAUUAGAAGAAUUAACAAAGGUGAAAAAGAUAUUACAAUGGUCGUUCCUUCCGCUUCUGUCAUUUUCAUCGAUAUUUGCCAGUUCUCAACUUACAUGGCAACUUUGUCUGCUCAACAAUGCAUGAGUAACUUGAAUGCUGUCUUCACAGCUUAUGAUAAGAUCUUGGCUGAUUUGCCAUUGAUCACUAAGAUCAAACUGAUUGGUGAUGACUAUAUGGCUGCCGCUGGUUUGUUCUCUCCUGAUGAACCUCCGAAAUCACACGCAAUUCAGACAAUUACGUUCGGUUUGAGAGUUUUGGAUGCAAUUGAAGAACUCAAUGAACAAUUGAACGCUUCUUUGAUGGUAAGAAUUGGUGUUAACUCCGGUGGUCCUAUCAUUGCAGGUGUUUUGGGUACUGAUAAGCCUUUGUUCGAUAUCAUUGGUGAUACAAUCAACGUAGCUGCUAGAUUGCAAUCAACAGAUAUCCCUGGAAAUGUUCAGAUUUCAAAGGGAACUUACGAAAUUGUCGCUGGAGAAGGAAAGUUCCAUAUCGAAGAAAGAGGUGAAAUCUACCUCAAGGGCAAGGGUAACCAGAUGACUUACUUAGUAUCACCUGCUGAAAACCAAUUCGUUGUCAAUUAA